AAAAGAUAGAGGAGAGAGAAAAUAAAAAGAGAAGGAAGGGGGGAAGAAGGGAAAAAGCGAAAAGGGAGGGCAAUAUAAAGAAAACGGACGGUGGUGAUAGGCUUCAUUCUCUGAUCUCAAUCGUUUCCUUCUUCCUUUCUUCUCCAGCGUCCGAUUCCUCUCCCAUUUCUCACCGGAUCUCUCUCCCGCCAAAUACAAAAAUUCCAUAAACAUUUCCCAGCACCCAAACCAGAUUAGGGUUCCGGCGAUCAUGGCCGACGGUCCGGCGAGCCCAGGCGGCGGAAGCCACGAGAGCGGUGACCAUAGCCCUCGCUCCAACAUAAGGGAGCAGGACAGGUUCCUUCCCAUCGCUAACAUCAGCCGCAUCAUGAAGAAGGCGCUUCCCGCCAACGGAAAAAUCGCCAAGGAUGCCAAAGAAACUGUUCAGGAAUGUGUCUCCGAGUUUAUCAGCUUCAUCACCAGCGAGGCCUCUGAUAAGUGCCAGAGAGAGAAGAGGAAGACUAUUAACGGUGAUGAUUUGCUCUGGGCAAUGGCGACUCUCGGUUUCGAGGAUUAUAUUGAUCCCUUGAAGAUUUACCUCACAAGAUACAGAGAGAUGGAGGGUGACACCAAGGGUUCAGCAAAGGGUGGAGACGCUUCUGCUAAAAAAGAUGUUCAACCAAGUUCUAAUGUUCAGCUUGCUCAUCAAGGUUCUUUCUCACAAGGCGUUAAUUACACUAACUCUCAGGGUCAACAUAUGAUGGUUCCUAUGCAAGGUCCAGAGUAGGUAGAGUCUAUUGAUUCUUGCGUGGUUGUCGUGUGUUUUCAAUGCUGUUGGAGGUUUAGUAAGUGGCCUCGGCAUAUUGAAUGUAUUUUUAUAUUAUGUGAAUACUGACAUAGGAGACGUUGGUUCUUGUUUCCAGAUAUUUUUUGCAAUUAAGGUUUGUAUAUUAACUUUGGAUUAGAAUUAUUAUUCGGAAGUUAUAUUGUAAUCUUGAAGUCUUGUUAUCUGAUUCUGUCACACUGAUGUAAGCAUGUAUUGGUACAUUCCUUCCA